AGGGCAAACAUAUACUUAUCUAGCGAGGCGAUCGUCAACAAGUACGUGUUAAUAUAGUGGAAAUUGUUUCCUGAUCAAGGUAAUGAUUUCAAGGUGAGUGACUUCCUAGUUGUCAUAUCAUGCUGUUUGUUAACUGCACUGGUGGCCGAACAAAGAGAAUUUGUAAAGUCGACCAAAGCAUUUCACGAAUCCUGAGAACUCUUUCCAAAACAUUCAUACAUCAGAGGCAGAAAUAUCUUCACAGAAAUUUUCCAUUUGGACCCGUACAAUAUGUUCCCAUAUUUGUAAGCAGUUAUUUGUUUUGCCUGUGUUUUAUGACGACUGCCACCGUUGGGAUAGAGCACAGUGACCUCUUAGCGAGCACCUGGUGUCAUCACUUUUUGACAGCGUUUCAGAAACACAUCCUCAAGACACCGUCGGUAUCGUACAAAUCGACAGAAAGUUCCUAUGAAUGUGGAAAUGGCAACAUUACCACCCUCUCAGAAACGUCGUUAAAGUAGGGUGUUUCUACUCGACGCAUAGUAACAACGAUUAAUAGGUAUGUAGCAACAGAUUUGAUAACUCGGCAAUGACAUUAAAUAGAAACGACAAACAAGGAAUCCGUAUCAACUAGUGAUGAUACAAUGUUUUCCCUUACAACGGUGGCACCCGUAACAUCAACAUGAGUUAAAUAUUGGAUAGAUUUACUGAGGAUUUACCUUGGAUGUUGUGACCAAUAAAAGUGCUUGAGCAAGCGCUAAUGACGCCUUUUUGAAAUCUUAGAAAGAUAAUGCUUGGCUGUGUCAAAAGUUGUGGAAUCCAUACCUGGAGUCGAGAUGCUAGGAUAGUGCUCGACAGGAAAGGACAGCUGAUCACUGGAAAGCUUUUUUUCCAUAUAUUUCUUUACACGGCACGGAAACCUCGAUUUUUUUAUACAAGUGUACCAAUUUUAUUAUGUUUGCUAUCAUUAGCAGGAAAAUUAGCCAUGUUCUGCGAUAUACAAGGACUAUUCAAGCAGUCCUGGAAAUGUCUAUUAAUGCUACCAACAUAUCGGUAGUCCUAUACAGUGAGCAUUGAUGCAUAUAUACGCAACAAUCAAGAGCCCAAGGCGACGGCCAGUCGGUCGGAUGACGUCCUGCGACCUUGACCUGAUUAUCGAGGGAGAAAGUAAAUCCUGGUUUACCACGGUUCUACAACGCUGCUUGGUUUGAGGCCUUGUCAUUCAGACCCCAUCACUCAUUCAGGACGCUGUGUGGAGACUAUUGACGGCUCACACAGCUGAUGUCUGACAUAUACAGCUGCAUCGCUGACAUUGACGUGGACGUUAACAUUAGUUACAGAUUCUCCCGCUGUGCGUCUGUAUCAGACGCCUACACUCAGCAUCUUUGAACUGUUAUAUACAACGGCCAAUCUGGAACUUGAUGAUAUCGACAUUGGCAUACAUGCUUCCUUUCAGGUCACAGUUAGAUUCUAUUUGAAGUCUAGCUUCAGUGGAACAUGCCAUAAGGUUCUCAAUCCAAUCAUCUAUCAUUACAACAGUCUACCUUCAGAUAGGUUGGAGCUAAUGGUCAUGGCAAGGAUGACGUACAUCAGACGUCCUUGACGUAUGGCUUGUGCAUCGCAAACUCUAUAUUCUCGUUAUCAGCCAGGGUUGCUAUCGGUGAACAUAUGUGCCUAACUGAUAUAAUUUGUAAACCCUGAAGAUAUUAAUUAUCAGUCCUUAGAAUAAUCUUGGACCAAAAAACAACGGACUACUCAUAUUGCUAGUCAUUCCUUGUGAUCAUUGUUCCAACUACACCUUCUCAUAUUGGGCCUGUGAGAUCGGAGCUGGUGAUCUGGUCAAUAAAUAUCACCCUGUUGUAUUUGACAAGUCGGUAAUCAACCAUCCAGUUGAUUUACACCUGUUGGUGGAACGUUCAACCUAACGCUGGUGGUGUUACGGGAGUGCAGGUGGAACAAGCAUCACACCUGGUGCAUAUGUUGUCGUAGCCGAAUGUAACAGUGUGAAGCCAAGCCUCAACUUGGUCACAUCCUAAUAUUGACGCCCGGGCCAACUGCUAACACAGAAACAUCCUCGCUACUACCGUUUCCUCUAACAACUGUCAACACUGACGGUGGGCCAUCCACUUCCCAGCCACAACACCGUGAGAAGACGUGCACGACCCCGCGCAUUCAUACCUCUCCUCAAGGAUUGCACAGGACCAGAGAGGCGCGCGCCGGGAGUGACGUCACAAGCUCUAGCCUAGUUAACGGAAAACAUCGUGGUGCAACCAGAAUCCUUCUUCCGACCGAGGACUUGCGAGAUUUCAUCAGCCGUCCACGAUGUUGAUGUCAAGUGUUUUUUGGAUGAUGCUGUCUUACCCUUUCACCGUCGUGAUGACUUUCCUCAGCACUGUCGUCCUCACCGCAGUCGUCUACGUGAAGUCGCUCUUCAGACCCAAAGAAUCAAUUCCUAGACUGUACUUCCGGGACUCCGCCAUGGCGCAACACAUCAUUGCCAAAUGCACGUCACUUCGCCGACCAAUGAGACUUCCGGUCUGGCUACAGAAUGCGCAUGUGCAGACACUUUGUGGCUUCUUUUUAAAACUUGUCAGAACUCAGUUCCGUAGGGAAUAUGUGCAGCUUGAAGAUGACGGAGUUGUCGCCCUUGACUGGACAGCGACGUCACGGUAUAUGGGCAACGCUACACCUAUCAUCAUCCUAGUGCCAGACCUCAACGGCGACGCUUCUAGUAUGGCACAGUACUGCAACGUCUUUACCUCCAGAGGCUACCGCGCCGUCAUCUUCAACCGUCGUGGUCAUGGCGGGUCCUUCUUGACCAGUGCUGGACUCAAAGCCUACGGGUGCUGUUCGGAUCUCCGCUGUGCCAUACAAUCUCUCCGUCACCGCUUUCCUGGAUCCUCAAUUGCCGGACUCGGGGCUGGAGCGGGCGCAGAUCUUCUCAUGUCCUACUUAGGGGAAUUCGGAUCUUCAUCCCUUCUGUGCUCAGUCACGUGCAUUUCACCAACAUAUGAUUCCGAGGAUGUGUACAUGAACAAAAUACCUAAACUAUACGAAAUGACAUAUCUAAUGCAUUUGAAAAAGAUUCUGGGACGCUAUUCUGAGAGUUUUUCUAAAGUUGUCGAUGUGGAUGCGGCACUCCGUGCGUGGAGCUUCAAGGACUAUGAUUCCCACGUGUACAGCAAGCUCGCCGGAUAUCCGGGGCUGGAAGAAUACUGGGAAGAAAACUCGCCCAUGCGAGAUGUGGACGAGAUUUCAGUUCCUGUUUUGUGUAUUAACAGCAUGGAUGAUCCCAUCAGUGUUAAAGAAAAUAUUCCUUAUGACUUGUUCAAAUCUUCUCUCAAUUUCUUCCUGGUCACAAUGGAGAGAGGUGGACACUGUGGCUUCUACGAGAAAGCCACAGGGUCAGCAUGGACAGUUAACCCGGCUCUGGACUUCAUUGAAUCCGUGUUCAGUUUCCCUUCAGCUAUUCCGUCGAAGCAACGAAUUGUUGGAGAAAGAGCAUGGAAUAGAUGAAUUACCUCCCUUGUCGCUGACGCAGCGUGAUCUAGUCACGUGACACGACUCUUCCCGAGUCUUGUCGCAGCCGUUGAGCUCGAAAUGGCUUCUGAGGAAGUGCUGACGAAGCCAUGUUUGAAAGAACCGCAAACACCAAAGAAAGACCGUGAAAUGCUCAGACAUGGUUGAAGGCAGAGGAGUCAGAGAUGGUGAAGGAGUUACCUACAGGACUGUUAUCUGUUACACUCCAGCUGACGACGUUGUCAGUGACGUCAUGAAGGUGAUGACGUAAACUACAGAGGAACAUUUGCUUGAUCUGCUCGAUGACAUGGCUCCAAUGGCCAGAACACACACCUUUGUAUUUCGUUUCAUGGGGUUAAAUAGGAGAAAGUAUUACAAAGUGUGUCUCAAAUGACCAAAAGUUUCAUCAUAUUUCGCGACAUCGAUGCCAUCAAGAAAAUUUGUUGAUUUGAGAUAUAAAUUGCAGUAACGCUUGGUUGCACCGAGAUGAUUGCUUUUACCACGCUACUAUCCAGGCACAACGCUAUAGUGGCCGUCUACGGUCUUGCAAGUACAGAAUCACAGCAAGGAAUUUGAACAAGGUCAAUAAACAACUACAAAUUACAACCGUUGACCUUCAGUGGAUAGGUGUAAUGUCAGGUCUGAGUGAGGAAUGUUAUUAGCCUAAAAGGCAUUGUAUUGAAUAACAGCACCCAUUUGACGAUAUAGCAGCUGUAGGCUUGCUUUUGGGUCGUCUGAAGAGAAACGAACAGGCCCUUGUUAGUGCUGAAUUAGUCGCCUCCGACUGUAAAUGAUUUCAGAAAAGAAAAUUCCAUCAGAUCUUAUAGAAUGUAUCGGGGAAUACGAAGGUAUAUAUCAAUCUCCGGGUCAUGGUAACCAUGGCAACAUUUUACAACGUGUUCAUGCUUAGAUGAUGCUUUGUAAACUGGUUUCGUGAAGUUACAAAGCAACUGUGCGGUAUACUGUGACCCCGGUGCUCAAGGUGGCCUGUCUGAGGGGUAUACACAGUCAGGCUGGCCCUGGUUACAUGCGGUUACAUUUUGUUACAUUUAUGUAAGUGAUCUUAUGAUGUAACGUUCGCUGUUACUGCCGCAAUGCUGACAUUCCUGUGAACAUGUUUAUUUGUCUGUUAUGUAAAUAUCUAUAAUAAAUUAUUAUAUUACAUAAUUUUAUAAUAAAAAUGAAUUGGAUUAUAAA